CAUUUCAUCAAACACCUUCCGACCACUCUUCUUUGUAGCAGAAUCCGAUCGAUCGAUGCUCAAAUAAUCGCCGAUUUUUCGUUUUCUUUGAUCAUCAUGGCCUUCUUCAUCAACAACCAUCCCGAUCUCUCUGGCUCGACCUUCAAUCCAUCGUCUUUAAUGGCGAUUUCAAACCAUGGUCUGCUCUGUAUCGAGCCGCAGAAACAGAGGACCUGUCACCACUGUCGCACCACCAGAACCCCCCUCUGGAGAGCCGGUCCUGCCGGCCCAAGGUCGCUGUGUAAUGCGUGUGGGAUUAGAUACAGGAAGCUGAAGAACAGUAAUGGCGGAGUGAAUAAGAGUGGAAAUGGGAAGAAAGUGGUGAGAGUGGUGGAUUUGGGGAGAGAGAUAAUGCUGCAUAGAGCGACGGCGGCGAUGGCGGAAAAUGGAGGUGCAGAGACGAUCGGAGAAGAAGAACAGGCGGCGGCGAUGCUUCUCAUGGCUCUAUCUUCCGGCUAUGUAUCAUAAACGGAAUUAUUUAACAAUUUUAU